AAAUAUAUAAAUAUUUUGAUUUUUUUAUUCGUAAGCAGGAAUUCUUCAGUUCAGGAUCCCUAAUAUUUCAGAAGAAUUGAGGGUUUACCGAAUUGAGUUAACAAAAUUGCCACUAGGAAUUCAAACAUUAACUGGAAAGCAUCUUAGCCUCCGGAAAAGAUGGAUAUAACAGUGUUUUCGGAAGAUGAUUUCGAUACCAAAGCCUGGGUAAACAAAAUACUCGAAGAAGGAGAAAAACAGGAUAAGAAAGAGAAUUAUACAAUGUCUCUCGUUAUGAAAUUGCAACUAUAUGUCCAGCAAGUAAAUAAGUCCUUGGAGGAAACAAGUCAAGAGGUUCUCUCCUCAUUACCCAAAAUAAUAAGAAACACUAAACAACUUCAAGAAGAAGCUGAAGCUCUUCGAUUGAAGAUGAGUAUUGUGCAAGAAGAAAUCACCAGAAUUGAAAAUGAAACUGGAAAAUCAAUCAACACUAUCGAGAAGUUAGAUGAUAUGAAAAAUAAAUUAGAAAUUGCAAAACAGGGAAUUCAUGAGAGUGAUAAUUGGGACAUACUAGUUAAUGAUUUGGAAGAUGUGUUCGAUACUAAGAAUAUAGAACAAAUUUCAAGGAAGAUCUUAGGAAUGCAGCAAUCAUUGAAGUUGCUGGUGAAUGUAAGUGAUUACGAAGUUCGCAAAAUGCAGUUGGAAGGUUUAAAGAAUCGGUUAGAAGCAAUAGCUAGUCCAUUGAUAGUGCAAGCAUUUACAUCAAACAGUACUGAUAAUGCCAAGAUAUAUACAGAAAUAUUCAUGUCAAUGGAAAGAUUACCGCAGCUCAUGAAAUAUUACCACAAAUGCCAAAAAGAGGUGUUGCUCAAGAAGUGGCGAGCCAGCCUUGAAAAGGAUCAAGAUGAUACUGUUACUCAAUGGAUGCAUGGUUUCUACGAUCUCCUCAUAUCAAACUGGCAUACUCAGACUAAAUGGUUCAACCAGGUGUUCAAAAAUCAAUCAUCUACCGACUUUUUGAUAGAAAUAUAUGUAGACGUGCUGACAUCUAUGGAUCCAAGCUUCAAUGAAUGCAUCGAUGCCUCACUUAAGCAAGUUGGAGAUAAGUUGGCAAUGCUGCAGGAAAUCAAGCAAACAAUGUUCCAGUUUUGUAACAAUCUGAACAACGUUGUUAAGCAAACUACACAAGGAAAAGUGGAUUCGGCAAAACUUCUUAUUCUAUUCCAAACUGUCUGCAACCCUUUUAUUGUUUACGUUAACAAGUAUGCAGCCUACGAGCAGGCUUAUCUGCUGAAGAAAUUGUCCGGUAUCAAUUUCAUGCAGGAAGAGCUAUCGGACACUAUUCAGAAUCUGGGAUUGAGCGUAACCUCGGUUAUGGACAUAGCAAGAGAAUCCAAAUAUCGUUGCGCAGAUAUUACAGAGAACUGCGGUUACUGCGGGCUACUGAUCGCACUCAGGGCCUUCUUUUCUAAUUAUGUAGACCACUUUAGAGUGGCGCUUAGACAAAUUGAGAGAAACAAGAAGAACGUUGAGGAUUGGACCACUCUGCAGCUUUGCUUCUCUCUACUGCAGAUCUCUGGUGAUGUCAUGUUGAAGGUGAAGGAGUUCGAGAAGGAGUUGACGGAAACGGUUUUGGGAGAUCUCAACAGAAAAUUCGACGAUGUGGAGUUCAAGUACUUGAUUCUCAACAAAGAUGAUCGCAGAGAGAUAGAAUCCUUGGUGAAAUGCGUCACCGAGGGUACCAAAUUGUCUUUGUUGGAUCACGUCACCAACGAGUUCGUCAGUCUGUGUUCCGACAUCCACGACACAACCUACCAAGUAGUGCUGUCACCUAUUUCCAGUCAACUCAGCGUGGUGCAGUCCGCCAAGACUUGGGCCCAGUUUGCCAAUUCCACCUUCCACUCCUCCGACAUGCCAGACUAUAGUUUAUCACCCCAGGAAUAUAUUACUGAAAUUGGCCAAUACCUGAUGACUCUUCCUCAACAUUUGGAGCCCUUUCUAUUUAGAGAGAACCCUUCAUUGGCCUAUGUCCUUAGAGCUAUAAACGAAGAAUACAGCAUUACAGAUGAUACAGAAGGAGCUUUGGCAACCGUUUUUCUCAAACUUGUGGCAAAGGGUACUUGUCAAGCGUUUUCCGAUAAAAUAUUGUGUAUCUGCGAAUUGAACUAUCCUGCUAGUAGACAACUGUCCCAUGAUAUUGGUUAUCUGAGUAACGUCAUGCAAGAUUUAGGUCUAACCCUUUCGGAAAAUCUGCAACAACUUUCGAUACUAUUGAAGAUUCCAGCGGAUCAAUAUCAGUCUCAAAGUUCAGGUUAUUCAGCAAGAAAUGUUGCAGCUGUGAGGCAGAUGAGGAAUAUUCCCUCCAAUUAGGUGAAAAGGAAGUUGUUCCAUAGUUGGGUGAAUUAAUUUUUAGCUACUUAAGAUGAAUAUACCCAAGAUGAAUAUAUUAUAAAAAUUUUUUUUGUAGUAAGCAUAACAUCAUGUACAUAAACAUAAGCUCGCUUAUUUUGAAGAUCCUAAUAUAUUUUAUUAUGUU